UUUUGUGGAUGUCCCCUCAUUUGUCCCCCUGCUCUUCCCCUUCAGGCACAGGAGACGGCUCAGCUGGAGGAGCAGCUGCAGGCCUGGGGUGAGGUGAUUCUGGCCGGAGAUAAAAUCCUGCGGUGGGAGAAGCCCUGGUUCCCGGCCGCGCUCUGCGGAGUCGUGUCCUUUGUUUUCUUGUUGAUCUAUUAUCUCGAUCCCUCGGUGCUGACUGGCGUGUCCUGCGCCAUCAUGAUUCUCUGUCUGGCUGAUUAUCUCGUCCCAACUCUUGCACCCAAAAUUUUUGGAUCUAACAAAUGGACUACAGAGCAGCAGCAGCGGUUCCAUGAGAUCUGUGGGAACCUCGUGAAAACCCAGCGCCGCAUCCUUGGCUGGGGCAGACGGGUCUUUGCUUUAAAGGAAGAGAAACCCAAAAUGUACUUCUUGACCGUCAUAACAGCCCUGUCAGCGAUGGCAUGGAUUGGACAGCAAGUUCACAAUCUCUUCCUUACGUACCUAAUUGUUACCUUUCUGCUGAUGCUGCCAGGCCUCAAUCAACAUGGGCUCAUCAGCCGGUAUGUGGGCAUGGCGAAGCGCGAGGUCAACAAGCUGCUGAAACAGAAGGAGAAGAAGACGGAGUAAAGACCCCCCUCUACCCCAGCGUCCCACUCCUGCCCAGCCAGCAGAGAGAGAGAGAGAGAGCGAGCGAGCGAGUGUUUUUGUUUCCCUUCGGUUGGCUUCUUUCACCACAGCAAGCCAAGGCCGCCACCUCGGCUCGAGCACGGUGCCAACAUGCCGGUCGUUUGUGUUGUAGGGUGCCGAGCUGAAGCGCCACACUGAAAUGUCUUGGAACUGCAGGCACAAAUGCUUUUAGCCAUCUUGUGUUUCUGAGUGGGCUGCGAGUUGUUUUGUUCCCAAACCCCUCCAUGUUGCACUGGAACUGUCGAAGAAAACUGGAUCGUCUCUUUAACUCUUCGGUCGUGUAAGCUUUCUGUGGCUCCUCGAGGAUGAUGUGUAAAUAGCGUCCACACUCUGACGUGUUUUUGUAUAUUUAUGUUGUAGACCGCCCUCCUGUCUUGUGCCCCCUUGUCCUCCAAACUGCCUGCUUAAAAGAAAAUAAAAGUUUUCACCCGUG